AUGACCGUCAUCUAUCUGCAAUUUCCACAGAGCCCCGCUCCCGAGCAAUGCAUCACCUUCGUCACCGAAGCCCUUCAAAAGAUCAACCCCGACCUCAGCGAGUCCAAGCGAACUGAAGAUAGCAUUACCUUCACUUCUACCGAUCAUGAUGUCGACAUCUACGGUGAUAUAUUCAAAUUGUGGCUGGAUUCAGAGCCUCCGGUUAUAGAUACCUGGCGAAUGGUGUCACACGGUUGA